CUCCAUCUGUGUCCAGUGUGCGGAUUAGACGCUUAUUAUCCUCUUAGCUCUAAAUGGCACCACGUCCCUGCGCCUCGCUGGCUACAAGACGCGGACCGGACACUGACGCGAAACGCGAGACUCGUGCGUAAAGAUGGUCGCGCCCGCCGCUCGGUCGCGCUACUCGCUGAUGCGCAUUUACGCGUGAAUCGUGCGGACAACCGUCAACGUCGCCCUCCGUGCGCCCGUCGGGGAGCUCCAGCAGCCGGUCCGUCCGUGAGCGGUGCGCAACCCACUGAUCUUUUGCAGACCGUAAUCUUAUCCGUGUCAAACCGUGGCUGCGCUUCCCUCUCGGGCGGCCUCUGCCUGCCUCCGGUUGGCGUUUGCGCCAAGAUUUGGAUAAAAGAAAAAAAAAGACAAACGUGUUUUGACAGUGACAACUUGUAUCGGUGAAGGGAUCCGUUCCGUUGGCUCUGAAAGGCGCGUUUGAAUGUGUCACAAAAUGAACAUUUGACCUUUUUGAAACUUUCGACCGGAAGAAGACAUGGAAUCGACACGUAAAGAAAGGAGUCUUCUGUACUUACUUCUCUUUGCAAUAUGCACAGCCAGCGUUUGCCUUUGUGCGAGAAGAUCAAAUGUUCGGAGAUCUGAUCGUCUGAGUCCACCUUUAGACAUCCAGCUGGACACAAUCAACUGCACAGCCUUCAGCGUGCGAUGGAAGAUGCCCCGGCGACAUGUGAGCACCAUCACUGGAUAUAAGGUCUUCUAUACUGAGAUAAAGAAUGGACAUCCAGUAGGUUCAGCAUCUUUGAUGGAGGUGCCUCUCAGCCUGGAUAUGCUGACCACUGGACAAUUUGAUGGACAAGCCAGCUUUGACGUGGACAUUGGUAAGCUGAAGGUUAACUCUAAGUACAGAGUCAGUGUUGGAGCGUAUGGCUGGGCAGGGGAGGGCAGACCCAGCAUGCCCAGAGACAUCAGCACCUCUUCACAUGAUAUGUGCAUGCCGCCAUCUCCCCCCACUCAGCCUGUUGUCAUGGCUGUGUCUGACACAGAGCUGGCGUUGUCAUGGCAGCAAGGAGAGAGCGAGGGUAGCGCACCUGUCCUUCACUUCCUGGUGGCUUACAUCAGGCCAGAAAUGGACACCGAGUGGACGUACAUCCGUGAGCCCAUUGAGACUUACUCCAUGGUUUUGAAGGGGUUGCUACCGGAAACAGAGUACCAGUUUGUUGUCCGGGCAGUCAACGUGCAUGGGGUUAGCCCCCCCAGCCACAUCAACAACCCUGUCCGCACUCUCGGUGCAUCAGAUGUCGGCAGUGGUGAUUAUGGCCAGUACAUCACAGAUUCAAAGAACAAAGAUGAAGAUGACUUCGACAUUGAUGACUCGGAUUAUGAUGUGUUUAUUGAAGAGUUGAGGCCAUUCCCAGGUAUUGGUGCAGACAACGGGAAAUCCCAGCUCCGUUCACGCUCUGGUCCACCAUCUGGUCGAAACGUCGUUUACCGUAUGAACACCAUCGCUCCUCCCAACGUUACUGCCCCAACAGUUUCCGCCACCACCUCGUCAGUUUUCCCAGACUUCACAGAUCUGAUCUUCUCGACUGCUUCCGAGCCCGGUACCACCCUUGACACCACAACCACUGCCCCACCUACCACCACCAGCAUCACUUUGCCUUCCCCCACUACCACCCCGACUAUGUCUCCCUGGAAAGGCGAAGUGCCUCGUGUGUACGACCUGCCCUGCGAUGACACCGUGUGCCCCCCCGACAGCUUCUGCCUUAGUGAUUUUGAAAGUGGAGGUGCGCGCUGCCACUGUAACCUCGGACGAAGGGGCGACACUUGCUCUGAGGUUCUAUCAGUGAGCUUUCCCAGGUUCUAUGGCUACUCUCACAUGACCUUUGAACCCUUGAAAAACUCUUACCAGACCUUUCAGAUCACAUUGGAGUUCAAGGCAGACUCUGAGGAUGGCCUGCUUCUUUACUGUGGAGAGAACGAGCACGGCCGUGGAGACUUCACCUCUUUGGCCCUGGUACGAGGCAAACUACACUACAGGUUUAAUUGUGGCACCGGAGCGGCUCAGAUAGUCAGUGAGAGUCGUAUUGUUGUUGGUCAGUGGCACAUAGUAACUGUCUUCAGAGACGGCAUGAGUGGCUGGAUUCGCAUGGACAACGACAACCCUAUAUCUGGACGCUCACAGGGCCAGUACACGAAGAUCACUUUCCGCUCCCCGCUGUAUGUGGGCGGAUCCCCGAAUGCCUAUUGGCUGGUCAGGGCGACGGGGACAAAUCGCGGCUUUGUUGGCUGUAUUCAGAGUCUGAGCAUCAACAACAAGGCCACAGACAUCAGACCCUGGCCUCUGGGCAGAGCUCUGAGUGGAGCCGAUAUUGGUGAGUGCAGCGACAGCGUGUGUGACCUGGUCAGCUGUUCUAACGGUGGCGUCUGCUUUGCAAACCGUGCCGACGGCUACAUCUGCCUGUGCCCGCUCGGCUUCCGUGGAUCACUCUGUGAAGAGAGUUUCACACUGUCCUCACCGCUCUUCAAUGAGACAGUGUUUUCGUACGCUGUCAUCCCCUGGCCUCAGUCCUCUCAGAGUUAUCUGUCCUUCACGGAGUUCGAGAUGACGUUCCGCCCGUCAAUGCCCGACGGGAUGCUGCUGUACAGUGAUGACGCAGGCAGCGGAGACUACCUGGCUAUAAACCUGGUGGACAGAUAUGUAGAGUUCAGAUUUGACUGCGGCUCUGGAGGAGCGGCCAUAAGGAGUGAGGAGCAGAUCAGUCUGGACUCAUGGCAUGAGCUGAGGGUGUCUCGCACAGCAAAGAGUGGUAUCCUGCAGGUGGACAGUCAGAGGCCGGUGGAAGGAAUUGCUGAGGGAGCUUUCACUCAGAUCAACUGCAGUUCACCUCUCUAUAUUGGAGGAGUAGCUGAAUAUGAAAAAACCAAGAGGACGGCUGGCGUAAUAAAACCCUUCACUGGAAUUAUUCAGAAGCUGAUACUCAAUGACCGCACCAUCCCAGUAACAACUGGUUCUGCUGGGGGUGUUAAUGUCGCAAACUCCGCACACCCAUGUGUGGAGAGUCCUUGUGCCAAUGGAGGGACCUGCAGGCCCAAGUGGGAUGGAUACGAGUGUGACUGCCCCCUGGGGUAUGAUGGCAGGCACUGCCAGAAAGAGUGUGGGAAUUACUGUUUGAACACUGUGACUGAAGCCAUUGAGAUCCCACAGUUCAUUGGGCGAAGUUACCUGACGUAUGACAACAGAGAUAUCGUUAAAAGGGUUUCCGGGUCCAGGACCAACCUGUUCAUGCGUUUUAAGAGCACAGCCCAGGACGGCUUGUUGCUAUGGCGAGGAGACAGUCCAAUGAGACCCAACAGUGACUUCCUGUCUAUGGGGCUUCAGGAUGGGGCUCUAAUCUUCAGUUAUAACCUGGGCAGUGGUGUGGCUAACAUUGUUGUCAACGGGACCUUUAGUGAUGGGAAGUGGCACAGAGUCAAAGCUGUGAGGGAUGGGCAGUCAGGGAAGCUGACGGUGGACGACUACGGAGCAAAGACAGGCAGGUCACCUGGCAAGAUGAGACAACUCAAUAUCAACGGACCCUUAUAUGUUGGUGGCAUGAAAGAGAUAGCUCUUCACACAAACAGACAGUACAUUGGAGGCUUGGUGGGCUGCGUGUCCCACCUCACCCUCUCCACUGAUUAUCACCUAGCGCUGGUGGAGGACGCUGCUGACGGCAAGAACAUCAACACCUGCUCUAACUAGAAAAAUAUAUUCUGCAAACGGAAAGACCCUUGUUCAACACGGCACCUCGAACCAGCUGAUUCGUCAUCGGGAAGCAGACUUGCCGGCAGCAAAUGUUCGAAAACUAAAACAAGAUAAUUUUGGGGGAUACCCAUUCAGGGCUCGUCCUGGUAUAAACUCACACUGGAAAAAGACUGACAGCAUUUUUACUUUGAGUCACGCAAACCAUUUAAGCGGCUGCUUUCCAAAGCGACUGUGACCUGCCGAGUGGUAAGGUUUGCUUUAACAGUAACAGAUUCGACACGUGGCAACGGCAGAAACAACCAGGGGAUAUUCCAAGGCACAAGUACUCUGUGAAAGGAGAGAGCACGCUUAGCAUUAUGGGUAAUGUGGGUCUUUUGAAGGACAUUUUUUCAUGGGAUGAUUCGUGUACGUAGCUCUUUCUUUCUUUCUUUCUUUCUUUCUUUUUUUCACAGUAAAUCCUUAUUUGAUUGCUGGAAGAACCAAGUGAUCCAAGGGAUCAAGAGUCAUCACAAGUUUUUCAUGAACCUGACCUAGAGCAGCUAGCAGAGAUAAACUGCUUUGUAGAGGAUUUUGGUUUCGGCCCUAGAGGAUUUCUGUUGUUUUUCUUUUGUGGCAUUUGUAUUCAUGUUCGUGAUGUAUUAUCAGUCCGUAGAGUACAUUUCCUUGAGUCUUGAUUGAUGUCAGGUUUCUAGAGGUUGCUAAUUUUGGACGGUGAAGAUAUCAGCUGCACACAAAAAAAAGUGUUGUUUCUUGUUCCUCUCUUUUAGUCGACACGCUUCUUUACGUGGAAGUCUCAGAUGCUAGUCACAUGAAAGUCUGAUGUUGACACGGUGUAGCAGCUGAAGACCUGGACAAACUGUGCGUGACAGUCUGCUGCCGGCAUUUGACAAAAACCACGGUUGAGUAACUUCGUAUCUCUUGUUUUCACACCAGAGAAAAUAGAUCAUUUCUCUUUCUCAUGCCUCAGUGCACGAGUUUCUGUUUAUUUCUUUCCCGGGCCGAAGUUUGACCCUUUAAAAGAGUCUUUCUGCAAAUACUCUAAUCUAAUCUAUAUUCUGAGUUGUAUGAAUGGUUGUCUUAGUAGUUGUGGCCCCUCGAGGAAACGGCACACUGUUUUCAAACAAAUUAGACUGUAACCUUUGGUUUCACUUUCAGCUUGUUUAAAGUUUAAAUUCAUCACAAACCCUGUAAUAAACCAUCAGUUCUUAUAUACAUUUACAUUUUAUAAGUUAUGUGAAGACAGAUAAUGUCUGAGGCAUUUUCAACAAAUGGAUAAUAUGCCCUUAGACAUUAAAAUGAGCAUCCCGGUGCCACCGUUUGUGAUAUGAAGUCACUUCCCAAUUGCAAGAGGAUACAUGAAGCCGAUUAAAUAACGUUAAAAUUGUUUUAGAAAAAGAUCACAUUUUCCUUUCUUCUUUUUUUUAAGUCAAUGCAAGUGAGGUUCACAGCAUUUUUUAUUUGGUAGAAUGUACGCAGAAACUACACUCUGCACAUCAACCGAAUAGACUGACUAUGAAGUGGUUUGACCUGAAUGUUGGUGCUCGUCACUUUUACAUUUUUGGAUGAAGGAAAGUUAAAAAAAAGAAAAAAUGAUGGACUGAAUUUGCUUUCAAAGAAGCAACUUCCAGUGAAACCAAUCAGCAGCUGCGUGGUCUCAUGAGACAGCUACUACACCCGCACAUGUUCCGCGAACUCAGGGUUCUGUCAAACACAAAGAUGUAAAUUACAAAACAGUCAUGUGGUCUUCAUUGAAUAAUAAAAGGACAUUUUGAAACAGAAUUGAGGUCAGCUGCAAUCCAACUCUGAUUGUUUGAAAAAGAGAUAAAUCUGUAUAUCCAAUACGGAGAAGAGUAAAACAAAACUAAAAAAAAACAAAGAACCCAGGAAUCCCAAAAAUAAAUUGUAUUUCACAACCCUU